GGGCGAGAAAGCUGCCCAAAAGAAGCAAUUAUGCAAGUCCCAUUGACCAGCGGAAAAAAAGGGGGGGAAAAAAUCUUUUUGGUCCUUUCGUAUGAGGUUCAGUACUUUUUGCUGCCUGUUAUGGUGACAGUGAGAUUGUAAAUAAUAUGUAUGAGACAGACCCUGAUCUCCUGGCUGGUGAGAGUGCAGAGGAGGAAACAGAGGACAGUAUUAUGUCCCCUAUCCCCGUUGGACCUCCAUCACCUUUUCCUACCAGUGAGGACUUCACCCCCAAGGAAGGCUCACCUUACGAAGCCCCCGUCUACAUUCCCGAUGACAUUCCAGUCCCACCAGACUUUGAACUCAAAGAAUCCUCGAUUCCAGGGGCAGGGCUGGGGAUAUGGGCCAAAAAGAAGAUCGAAGUGGGGGAAAGAUUUGGACCUUACAUGACAAUACCAAGGACCACAUUAAAGGAAACAAACUUUGGAUGGGAGCAGGUACUGACUGAUCCUGAGGUGGCAUCCCAAGAGGGCUGUAUAAAGAAGAUUGCUGAUGACCUGGGAAAUGAGAAAUUCUGUGCUGAUGCUAAUCAGACUGGAGCUGGAAAUUGGCUGAAAUACAUCCGGGUGGCCUGUUCCUGUGAUGAACAAAAUCUAGCUGUAUGUCCCAUUAAUGAUCAGAUCUAUUACAAAGUUAUUAAAGAAAUUGGGCCGGGAGAAGAACUGCUGGUGUAUAUGAAGGAAGGUGCCUUUUCACUUGGGAACAUGCCACCUAGUUUGGAAGAAGAGCCCACAUUUCGCUGUGAGGACUGCGAUGAACUCUUCCAGUCGAAGCUGGACCUGCGGCGACACAAGAAAUAUGCCUGCAACUCUGUCGGCUCGCUGUAUGAGACGCUGAAUGAGGAGAUCAAACCGGAAGGGCUAAGCGAUGGCCAGGUCUACGAGUGCAAAGACUGUGAGAGAAUGUUCCCCAAUAAAUACAGCCUGGAGCAGCACAUGAUAAUCCACACGGAGGAGAGGGAGUACAAGUGUGACCAAUGUCCAAAGGCUUUCAACUGGAAAUCGAACCUGAUUCGUCACCAGAUGUCACAUGACAGUGGCAAGCGAUUUGAAUGUGAAAACUGUGUGAAGGUGUUUACUGACCCUAGCAACCUCCAGCGGCACAUCCGUUCCCAGCACGUUGGUGCGCGAGCCCACGCCUGCCCGGACUGCGGCAAAACCUUUGCCACCUCGUCUGGCCUCAAACAACACAAGCACAUUCACAGCACUGUCAAACCUUUCAUAUAUGCGUUAGGUGAGGUCUGCCACAAAUCCUACACACAGUUCUCCAACCUCUGCCGCCACAAGCGGAUGCAUGCGGACUGUCGCACCCAGAUCAAAUGCAAGGACUGCGGCCAGAUGUUCAGCACUACCUCCUCUCUCAACAAGCACCGGCGCUUCUGCGAGGGCAAGAACCAUUACAACCCGGGGGGGAUUUUUGCCCCAGGCCUACCUUUAACGCCCACCUCCAUGAUGGACAAAUCCAAACCCUCCCCCAACCUCAACCAUGCCAGCCUGGGGUUCAAUGAUUACUUCCCAUCCCGGCCUCACCCCGGGGGUAUCCCAUUCUCCCCUGCUCCCCCAGGUUUUCCGGCCCUUACUCCAGGGUUCCCAGGGAUUUUUCCUCCCUCUCUAUACCCCAGGCCUCCUCUGUUACCUCCCACCCCGCUGCUCCAGAGCCCCCUCAACCACACUCAAGACGCAAAGCUUCCCAGCCCUCUGGGGAACCCGGCCCUGCCAUUGAUUUCCGCCAUCAGCAACAGUAACCCGCCUGUCUCCGGGGAGGAGAAGUUCGAAAGCAGCCUGGAAAACUCCUACCUGGACAAGCUAAAAGCCAGGAACAGCGACCUGUCCGACGGGAGCGACUUCGAGGACGUCAACACCACCACGGGCACGGACCUCGAGACCACCACCGGGACUGGCUCCGACCUGGAGAGCGACGUGGAGAGCGACCGGGACAAGGGGAAAGACAAAAGCAAACAGGCGGAGAGCAAGCCCGAUUUUGUCAGCAGUUCCGCGCCCGCCGGCUCCACCAACAACGUGAGCGAGCUUCCCCUUUUCUAUUCACAGCACUCCUUCUUCCCUCCCCCCGAGGAGCAGCUGCUCCCCACGACAGGGGCAGCCAAUGACUCGAUAAAAGCGAUCGCCUCUAUUGCCGAGAAAUAUUUCGGCCCCGGCUUUAUGGGGAUGCAGGAGAAGAAGAUCGGCUCCCUCCCAUACCACUCCAUGUUCCCCUUUCAGUUCCUCCCCAAUUUCCCCCAUUCCCUGUAUCCUUUCGCGGACCGGACCCUCAAUCACAACUUGCUGGUCAAGGCAGAACCAAAGUCACCUCGGGACCUUCACAAAGUGGGGAGCACCAGCGCAGAGUCGCCCUUCGAUCUCACCACCAAACCCAAAGAGAUGAAGCCAAUCUUGCCACCCCCCAAGGUCUUGCCAGCCCCGUCUUCUGGGGAGGAGCAGCCACUGGAUCUAAGCAUCGGCAACCGCAUCCGAGCCAGCCAGAAUGGAGGGCGGGAGCCCCGGAAGAACCACAUAUAUGGGGAACGGAAGCUCAUGGCCAGCGACGUACUACCCAAGAUGUCGCAGGCUCAGCUGCCGCAGCAGCCGUCCUUGCAUUAUGCGAAGCCAUCCCCCUUUUUCAUGGACCCCAUAUACAGCAGGGUGGAGAAGCGGAAGGUGACAGACCCAGUGGGUGCCCUAAAGGAGAAGUACUUGCGACCUUCCCCGCUGCUUUUUCACCCGCAGAUGUCAGCCAUCGAAACCAUGACAGAGAAACUGGAGAGCUUUGCGGCCAUGAAAGCAGACACCGGCGCCUCCCUGCAGCCCCUCCCACAUCACUCCUUCAACUUCCGGUCCCCGCCCCCAACGCUGUCCGACCCCAUCCUACGCAAGGGCAAGGAACGCUAUACCUGCAGGUACUGCGGUAAGAUCUUCCCCCGGUCAGCGAAUCUGACAAGGCAUCUUCGGACGCACACAGGAGAACAACCCUACAGGUGUAAAUACUGUGACAGGUCAUUCAGCAUUUCCUCUAACCUCCAGCGGCACGUUCGAAACAUCCAUAACAAGGAGAAGCCAUUCAAAUGUCACUUGUGUAACCGAUGCUUUGGGCAGCAGACCAACUUGGACCGACACCUUAAGAAGCAUGAACAUGAGAAUGUGCCAGUGAGCCAGCACUCAGGGGUCAUCACUAACCACCUUGGGACCCGCGCUUCCUCCCCAAACUCGGAGUCAGACAACCAUGCACUUUUAGACGAGAAAGAGGACUCGUAUUUCUCUGAAAUCAGAAAUUUUAUUGCAAAUAACGAGAUGAAUCAAGCGUCGACUUUAACAGAGAAAAGGCCAGAAAUCCAAGACAUGGACAGCAACUCCCAGUGUCAUGGGUUAGCAAACGAGAAAACGGACGAUGUGGACGAGGAGGAGGAAGAACUGGAGGAGGAAGAUGACGACAGCCUGACAGGGAAGUCCCAGGAUGAAACCGUAUCGCCCACAACGGAGCCCCGAGGAACGUUUGAGGAUGAGGAGGAUGAAGAACCCGCAUCUCUCACCAUGAGCUUUGACCAUACCCGAAGGUGUAUUGAGGAGGACGAAGCCGGCUUGUUAGAUUUGGAGCAGAUGCCGAAUUUUGGGAAGGGGCUGGAUCUUCGCAAAGCAGCCGAGGAAGCAUUUGACGUUAAAGAUGUGUUUAAUUCCACCUUAGACUCUGAGACAAUAAAACAGACUCUGUACAGGCAGGCUAAAAACCAGGCUUAUGCAAUGAUGCUGUCCCUUUCUGAGAACACUCCCCUUCAUACUUCCUCCCAGAAUUCUCUGGAUGCUUGGUUGAACAUGGCAGGAGCAGCGUCAGAGUCGGGGACCUUUAACCCCAUCAACCACCUCUGACGGGUCGAGAAGGCGCGGGUUGAGAGUCCGAGCGAGGAGGUGGCGGAGCUGCGGGUGCUUUAUCAGAAAUUCAGGCACGCAGAAGAUGGAUCAGAGGGCCUCAGGGAGUCGUCUGGGCUUUUGGCUGGGAGACUAAACCUGUCACCUGUGACCUGCCAGUCCCGCCUUGGGAUUGAUUGGCAGGUGCUCCUGCCAGGAAACCCUCCACACAGGACAGCCCUGAAGCAGCCCUGGGAUUCCGCCAUCUCUAAGAAUCGUGUAAACAAGAAGAGAAUUGCAACGGUGCAAUCAUAUACCGGCCCCAACACAGUGACAAGCCAAUAUACCUGAGCCAGCUACUUUCUGCUUAUAAACUAAAACUUGAAGUCAUUCAACCCUCUGCCCCCCGCUCCUCCCCCCACAACACACACACACACACAACAUUCACUCCCGCUGAAUAACAGUCCCCAGGGGGGAAAAGAUCAAGAGCUGCUCCAUCCCUGGUGUGAUUGCAAUGUGGACCCCAGAGUGAUAGCCUGGAAUGGUGAAUGUGCCCCAUUUAACUUCGCUCUUUGAAAGAGCAGGCAAAACUCCACUGCCCGCAAUAGCACCCUCUCCAACAUGCAAUGUCCACACAGGGCUGGCUUCUGCCAAGAGCACAAACAACUGGUGCAGGAGUAUUUCUGGGGCUGCACAUAUGUGCCCACAAACACAUAGACAACGUUAGCUUGACCCUAGACAACGCCUAUGUAUGUCGCCCCCGAAGGGUCUUUCAAAUGCUGUCACUUCAAUGUCGGGGGAGAAACCCCUUGUGUGGGAUUGCUGGUGGUUGCUUAUGCCGAGAAUCAUGCUCCCACUUCCCUCAUCAUUUUGAUUAUAUGGCUAAAGAAAAACCCCACGCCCUUCCUUUUUGAAUAACUUUGAGUGCUGCUCCGCUCUCCAAGCAUGUGGGCAACGAUAUGUUUUCUCUCUGGAUCUAAAAUUACUUGCAAGUGUUUAUGGAUGAUUUUCCAUUGCUUCACCAUCUCGGCUCUUUUGCAGGCCUAAAGCAGCCGCCAGAAAUCUUGCGACAUUGGUUUGUGCGCUCGCUGCAUUGGAAUAACAACCUGGUAUUGUAGCUAUGAUUUGUAGAGGUCACGCGAAAGCGGGAAAUCAUUCUGAAAGGGGUGAGAAAUAUUACAAAGGGUAACACGAGCUUCUCGGACGACGUUUGUAAUGUGUGUGCUGAGAAAUGCCUAGAUUUGGUGUCACCGAAUCAGAGAUGCCUGAAGGUAAGAUAGGUGCCUGCCCCAACGGGACUUUAAAUUAAAGUAGAGGGGCCCCAAAUUUGCCCAUCUGAGUGCUGCAUCAGCAACUCGCCUAGGGACCUCCGGCUGCUUGAAGGACCCAGUUUUGUACAAGCCCAGUUCUGAUCCCACCGAGGGUACGUCUACACAGCAACGUUAUUUCGGAAUAACUGAUGUUAUUCCAAAAUAACAUAGUGCGUGUCUACACUACAAGCCUUUACUUUGAAAUAACGUCGAGCUGGAAGACUUCCUACUCCAACUCAUGGGAACUCUCAUUUAAUGAGGAGUAAAGGAAGUCGAAGGAAGAGUGUGUAGGCAGCAUCAAAAGUCGAGGUAAGCUAUUUCGACUUAAGCUACACAAUUGAUGUAGCGGAAGUUGCAUUGCUUAAUUUGACUUUAGCCUUGCUGUGUAGAUGUGCCUUCAGUGAGCAGGGCUCUUUCCACUGACUUAAAUGGAAUUGGGAGCAGGUCCCAGACACUUAACGCUGGUUAACUCCUGGUAGUAAGCGUUACUCCUUGUAGUAAGUGCUACACCUCGUGGUAAGUGUUUUCAGAAUGGGAUCAGUAGUCAACUUCAGAGACAUUUCUCACGGUAGUAAGCACAUCUGUGUUUGAGAGAUUGGACCCCUAGUUUAUAAGUAUGAGAACAGACGGUAGCAGCUCUGCUGUUUAACACAGGGGUGAAGAUCAUGGAAGCAGUGGAGGUUCCAGCAUGCAAUGCUUCAUCUUGAAACAAUGGCUUAGAUUACAAUGGAGCAUUGCAUGCUGGGAUUUGUAGUCCUGAUGGGCCACACCUCACACUCCAGAUGUCAGCCACGAGGCCUCAGCUGGUUGCCACUGGGAUAGAGAGAAUGGAAGGAUAAUUAGCAGCAUUGCAUAAUUCUCCAUAGUUCACCCUGCGAAAGAUGACACGCCUCCCGCUAGUUUCUCCAACACACCAUGAAUAUGUGCCGAAGGCUCCGAGUCCAGCAGUGAUGUAUUUAAUUUCCCCCACCCCCUCCGGUUUCAGAUAUUUGCACAAAGCUCUUGACUAGGCAUAGCCCAAGAACUGACAAGGUCAAAAGAAACCAGUCUCUAAGAGUCAGAUGAAACAUUCCUUUCCCUGGCACGUCUGCCUAUGCUAACAUUACAGUACUUGCCAUUUACUUGGGCUUUAAAUUAUUCCUAUAGGGGCCAAUUUAAAAUAAUGAAAUAAUUGUUUUUUUUCCUAAUGGAAUUUACCUUAAUCUGUAUAUAACUUGUAAUUUUUUUUCGAAUUCUUUUCUUAUUUUAUUUCUUCCUUAACAGUAUUUUUGCAUUGGAUAUCAUUAUUGUGAAGAAAUAAUGUUAAUAUAAGUAUCUAGUGAAGGACCAAAAUUGUGUAAUUAAGGUUGUAUGUUGUAUGAUUGAUAACCAGGGAGUAGAUUUUGUAUGUGCCAAAUGACCCUACAUAAUCCUGCUAUUCUUGCUACCGAUUUUUCCGACAAUCAUCUGUUUUGUUAAAUUUCAGUUUCCAACUACAUGUGCAUGUAGGAUGUGUUCUAUUUAUUUCUUUUAUUGUUUGGGGGGAAAAUCUCACAACCAGAAAACAACAACAAAAGAAAAAUCCUUUUCCAACAUGCCCUUACUAAAAAAACAAACACAUUUAAAAAGAGAAAGAGAGAAAUACAGCAACAAAACCUGUAAAUAAAAAUAACUGUGAAACUCCAUAUUGUAGCCAAUAUGGCAUGCAAUGCAAAUGUGCCAUAUUUGAGGGGAGAAAAUCAGUGCUUAUUUUUAUACAGGAAUGGAAACAAAAUCCCAGUAGUGUAAUGUUUUGUUAACUGCAAGCAAUCUAUGCCUUGUAAAUACCUCACAUACAAAUCUAGGAGGGCAGAUGGUUAACACUGUAAAACAUCAGGAGAACACCGAUUCAGCUGGCAUUUGUCGCCAUUUCUGAAAGGAUCUGGUAUAAUUACCAGAACAAAAAGGUGGCUCUUCUAAAACGGGGUCGUACGUAGCGAGGUUAUCAGCAAUACCGUUACCAAAAUAUUUACUCUUUUGCAAAACAAACAUACCCCAAAAGAACCCACAAGGUGAAGUUUCAUCCUGCAAAUAUUCUUCGCUUUAAAGUAAAUCAAUAGGUUGAACCUCUCUGGUCCGGCAACAUCCAUGGUCUGGCAUGAUUUUAGUUUGCUAGAUGUCCACUUAUCAUGGGUGUGGCCAAGUUUCCCACAGUCCCAUAAAGUUUAUUUACAGCCUCCAGGCCUUGCUCUCAGUAUUCUAUGCUGUUAUUUAGCUCUAACUUACCCCUAAACCUUCAGAGGGGUAGCCUAGUUAGUUUGUAACUGGGAAAACUUAAAAAACAACAAAAAGUCUUGCAGCACCUUAGAGACUAACACAACUUGUAGAUGGCAUCAUGAACUUUCGUGGGCACAACCCACUUCUUCAGAUGAAUGGAGUUACCCCUAAAUGUCUUCUAAGAGCGAAGUGAGCAGUGGAAGGGUUGCCUGAUGAUAUUGACCUCCGUGGUCCGGCAAAUUCUCUAGUUCGGCAUCGAUCAGGUCCCAAGGAUGCCGGACUAGAGAGGUUCAACCUUGCAUGUGUUUGCAGGAUCAAGGCUAAGCAGCCCACUCCUAUUGAUAUUAUCAGUGAUCGUGCUCACCACACACCAGCAGGCAUUUAAGCACGUUCUAAACUUUAAGCAUAGGAGGCAGCCAUCCCUCCUCUGUUAAAACAGGUAAGCCUGUGCUUGGACUGUUCUUUGUUUAAAGUUAAGCACAUGCUAAUGUCCCUUUCUGGAGUGGGUGCCCUGCUAGAAAAAGCCCUCAGAGUAGGAGCAAGGAUCUGGCAUGGGGUUUUGAGGAGGUCAACCUCGCUUCUCCGUGUGUGGAGAUCAAUGGCGACCUUAUCUCCAAACCUUGGGCAAAGAACUUAGAAACAGAAAUAGUAUAAAAGCUUUUUUUUUUUGGUCUUCCCUGCAGUCUGUGGACACCGCCCCAUUAUUUGCUGCACUGUUUCUUCAAAAGAACAAUGUGCUCAGAGCUCUUAAUUCUGCCUGAGGCGGAGCAGUGUCUGUUUACCUUCUAGGCGCUGCGGCUAAGUAGUUCACAGAUUUGAAUAGGGCUGGUGGAGGAGACGUUAGCACUCACCGUGAGCAAGGGUGACGCUGUCUAGGCCUAUCUUAAGGAGAUGAAAGAUUUUUUUUAAUCAUAAAAUGAUUUUUUUCUGUUUCCUGUGACAGGUUGAACCUCUCUAGUCUGGCACUCUGGUCUGGCAACAUCCGUUAUCCAGCAUGAUUUUAGUUUUCCAGGUGGCCACUUAGCAUGGGUGUGGCCAACUUUCCUGCAGUCCCAUAAAGUUUGUUGACAGCCGCCAGUCCUGGCUCUCAGUGUUCUGUGCUGUGAUUUAGCUCUAAUUCACCCCUAAAUGUCUUCUAAGAGCCCAGCAAGCAGGGGAAGUGUUGGUGAUGCUGGGAAGCAAUAUUGACCUCCUGUGGUCCAGCAAAUUCUCUGGUUUGGCACUGGCCAGGUCCCAAGGGCGCCGGACUAGACAGGUUCAACCUGUACUUAAAAAGACCACACUUUGUUUCCUUCCUUUUCUUCUAGCUGGUCUGUGUCCAUUUCAGAAUCCAGACUUCUCUGAAUCAGCACUGACUACACAUUUUAAGAUAUUUCCCCCAAGCCAGAUAAACAAACACCACCCCAAUUAAAUUUCGUAUCCCUUCGCCCCUUCUUUAAUUGCACUCAGAGUGUCGUGAUUGGUAGCUCCUGAUUCUGGGGGGCUUGAACAAAACACGGUUGCUUAUUCUGGAGGAUGUGCUCUGAGACCUGCUUAUGUCAAGAAUAAAUAGUGGCAAGAAUGAUCCCACGUCAGGACGGAGACUCCUCUAGAGCUAGCAAUGGGCAGGAUCUGGGGUCUUCGCGGGAGCUAAGUAGUGCCCGUGCACACUACACCACUACCAUAUUAUGCUCAGGAACCAUGUGCUACAUCGUGGGGGGGGAGGGAGUUGGAGGGACUGCCAUAAGGCCUGGUAACUGUUUGAAAUCAAGGGUCCUGUCCCAGAGGUGAUGAUGGGGGAGGGGGGCUAUUUUUAUAACCUGUUUUCCUGUCUGCAGCAGGUAGCCAUAUUGCCAUAGUAACACGGGGAGAAAGUGGGGACGAACUGGACCCGCAAAGUGGUUGUUCCUGUCACUCGGUGGAUCCAAGUUGAACAUUAGCAGCCUCUGGCUGUGCCAAACUGUUCAGUACUGCUGAAAUAAAACUAUUAGGCAGAGGGGCCCUUCCUUCUACUGAUUGCUUCUUUCAGUGUAGAUAUUUUAUAUACGUGCUAAUUAUAAAAGCAAAAUAAAAAAGUUCAAAGUACCUGCUGCUCCUCUCUGUUGCUCACUCAGACGCCAGCAUUCAAAGUCAAGAGGUUAGUCACUUGGCAGGUACAGACCGUUCAAGGUGCAAUGCGAACGUGCCAGCUCCAUCCAGGUAGAAUGCACUUGCUUUGUGUUUUUGGGAGCGCCGGGUCUGUCUGGGGAGAAUGCACCUGAUCUGCUGUUAGACACAUCAGGCACGUGCCCGUCGGAGACACUUGCUGACUGUUUUCCAGAAUCCAUCGCCUGGGCUGCUGAACGUCCCGGCUGCACCCCAUAAUCGCAUGUCGUGACGUCACUGGACGAUCAGAGCCCAGCCGGGUGCUGGCAACAACCCAAACCCAAAGGGUUACGAGCACCACAAGAGCUGACACGCCACACGGCAUUCCAGGAUGCAAAACCAAGUUCUGAUUUUCUGUCUUGCUCCACACCCUUCGUGGAGUCACUCGGGUUCCCCCGAAAUCAGCACUUAGAAAGUCAAUGGCUAUUGGCAACGGCUUCUUUUCUUUGCAUUUCAGACGCAGCCUUUACAAGAGCACUUGCACAAUGACAUAUUACCAUGUUUAGACUCUAAGGAUCAAAGCACUGGAUUGUGAGCCCCCUGUCCCCCCUCCAGCCUAUUUCAAUCUACUGACUUGCAUUCAAUUUUUACGUGCUGUAUUUUGUGUGUGUGCGUGCGUGUGUGCGUGUGGGGGGGGGGAAGCAUCAUGGUGUAGGAACCUGCACUUUGCUGCCUGUUUCAAAACAAACAGGGAGUGAAGCAGUCUGCUCAGCCGUGUGUUGGUAACUUGAGGGCAAAAGCUCUGCUCCUAGUGGAUGGUCAGUAGUGUUUAAAGCCAUGAAACGGUUGCUCUGUAGUGUUGAGUAAUACUGUGAUUACAAUGUUAUUGCAUUCGUUCGAUAUUUUUUUUCUUUAUUCUGUCAUUGAUUCUUAUUACCACUUUUGGAAAAGAAUGAAAAAGAGAGAGGGGGGAAAAAAGGCAGCUUUGAUUUCCAAAUGUGCAAUUCACAUGUGAACAAAGUCAUUCUGAAACUGUUCCUCAAUGUAUUUUACGUUCUCAUCACGCUCUUCAAAGCAAGAGAUAUUUUGCCCUGAUAUCAUUUUCAGCCUGCAGAAGAUGUAAUUUAAAACAUAUAUAUAUUAUGCUUGCAAAAAUCAUACAUCUGCAUCCUAUGUCAAUCCUUCUCCCAUUGUUACAAUACAGAUUUGAUUUAGGGCUUGGUUUUUUGUUUUGUUUUGUUUUUUUCCUUUAGAACUGUAUAGUGUUUUGUUUUGUUUUUAAAAAGAAAUCAAUUGUAAAUGUCUGGUUUUCAUAUAAUGUUUAAAAAACAUUGAGAAAGAGGAUGGUGCUUGUUCCAUAUCAUUCUUGAUUGUAUAUUGCUUCUGUUAUGUUUAUAAGUAAACUGUGCAUGACUUGUGUUUAGCAGUCAUUAUGGUGUCUGUUUGUGAAAUUUUUAUCAAAAAGAAAAAAAAUUCUGUAGAUGCACUUAUUGUAUAUGUGAUUAGGUUCUGCGUCCAAGGCUUGAGGCCUUGAACUGCCAAGGAAGAGAAAAAAAGAGGCGGCAGUUAUUAAUUAAUAUGAAAUCGCUUUGUUGGGAGCAUACUGAAAUAAAAGAGAUGAUGUGUAGAAAAUCACUCAAAAAGGCGAUUUUACCAAUUUCAUUUUGAUGCUUGUGAUAAAAGGCAAAUGUAUUUGUGUAGAGAAAGACCUUUAAAAUAAUGACUAGGGAAGCUGAUUUUGAGGUUAAUGCUGUAGAAUAGGAAUGUAUACCAAAUGUAAUCUUUCCAAUGCUACAAUGAAUUUAUACAUGAGAUUGAUAUGCAAUAAACCUGUGUGCUUUU